AUGUCGUUUGUUUUCACUGGUGAUAGACAUAAUUUUGAACCUCCUCCUAACUUAGUAGCAACUGGAAGUUGGCAAGAUUCGAGCGAAUCAUAUUGGCAAGUUUUUCUGUUUCCUCUGAUUUCAUUUAUCAAUCUGAUCUCUCAAAUGUGCUCUAUUGUUUUUCUGAUAUUCAAAAAAGAUAACAGCACAAGUUUCCAUAAAAUAUUCGGGUUUCUUAAUUUUAUACUUAUUCUAAAAUCAGUUGCAAAUCUGGCUUCGAAUCGAUUUUGCUAUGAGAUAGGAUACUACUGUUAUAAAUAUACAAUUAUCGAAUAUUAUUUGAUUUUUGAUUUCACUUUGGAAAUCAUCAAAGUUGCUCUCUGGCUCGCAUUAAUUUGUCAACAAUAUAUUUAUUUCACUGAUGUCAAACUUUUCGGCUCAAUUUUCAAAACAAAAGUCUAUAUGAUUUUUCUAGCUUUGAUUUGUCUCUUCAGCUUUGUUUUCACAUUCGCCAGAAUUUCGGAGAACGAAAUUGAACGUGGAUAUUUUCCCGGUUAUUGGUUCAUUGAUUAUUCUCCAAAUCCUAAUCGAUUUCUUGAGAGAAUUAUUUAUAUUUUCCCAAUAUUCACAGUUUUCAUGUGUAUUUUCACCGCAUAUAAAAUGGAAAAAUCUGAAAAUCGUCAGCAAGAAGUAUCAUUUAUCAGUAUGCUAUUUGCUGUCCUUAUUCAUUUGAUUGUACUAUUUUAUGUUGAAAUAAUCAAAGAGCGUGACAAUUUGUACAUAAGAAUUUACUACAUUCUUAUCCAGACUCCAGAAAUUCUUUGUAGUUUGCUCUUCAUGAUUAGUAACUUGAAAUGA